CCCCCUUUGGCUCCAAUACCCUCGCGUAUCCCAACGACGUGCGGGGUGGGGGAGUACAUUGGAUAUCCGAUAGGCGGAGGUGAUCAGUUUUAAAUUAGUAAAGGUUACAGGGAGAAGGCAGAGGAGUGGGGUUGAGAGGGGAAAUAAAUCAGCCGUGAUGGAAUGGCGGAGCAGACUCAAUGAGCCGAAUGGCCUCAUUGUCCUCCCAUGUCGUAUGGUGGCUCUCGUGUGUGUGUGUGGGGAAUCUAAGGGACUUGAGAAGGAUUCAACACGACUGGUAUGAAUGGGUCAGUACACAACUGUCGGGCCGAACGGUCUGUUUCAUAGAGUCAAUCUGUCAAGUCCCAACAUCGGACGGCAAAGAGGAAGUGCUGUGUGCAGGGGUAGCGAGGAGGGUGCAGGGUUGUGGGAGGGGCCGUGAGUAGGGAGCAGAGCUGUUGCCGAGCUGCUCCAUCGCUCACCCUUCUCACCUGAUGAGCGGGGCGUCUCCAGACUGUGUACCGCUGGGGACCGCAACGAGGUCCGCCUGCGACCGGAGCAGCCCACCGAGGACGUGUAUUCCAACUCCAUGGAGCGUGUCCGCUGCCCGACUGUCUGACUGCCAUGGCAGGCUACUAUUACACAGUCUACGAUGGUUACGGUGGUUACGAUGGUUACGAAGGCUCCUCCGUGGAUCUGGACAUAUUGGACAACCUGACGCUGUACGGAGGGAUCGAGUGGCCGAAUGUCAGCACGGACUCCUGCCAGAACGCGGCGCCCUGUGACUUUGAGCCGUGCGGGGGCGGGGGAGGUGGCGGGACUGACCAGCGUGCCCAGCAAGUGCUGCUGCUCGUCUUGUACCUGCUCGUCUUCCUGGUGGGGUUCGUCAGCAACGUGCUGGUGCUGGCCGUCGUGUUGCUGGAACGCGGCCGCCGGCACCACCGACAGUACUCCAUGGAUGUCUUCAUGGCGCACCUAGCCUUCGCCGACCUGAUUCUGGCUACCAGCCUCCUCUUCUGGGCGGUGGAUCAGGCUCGGGGAUGGAUCUUCGGCUUGGCGGCCUGCAAGCUGGUCGGCGCGCUGUACAACCUCAGCUUCUACAGCAGUCUCUACGCGCUGGUGUGCAUCAGCUUCGAGCGGCACCUGGCCGUCGUGCGCACCACCCCGGCGCGGCCCCGGCAUCUGGGGCACUCCACUGGCGCACUGCUGGCCAGCCUCGCCGUCUGGCUGACCUGCCUCCUGCUGACCGUGCCUGAUUUCGUCUACCUGCGGCUCAUGCCGUCCAACGGGAGCUCCCCACAGUGUGUGCAUCAUUACGGGAAGCAAGGAAACCGGGCUUGGGUGGUAGGCCUCCGCUGCUUCUUCCAUGUCACCGGCUUCCUGCUGCCGCUGACGAUCAUGGCUUACUGCUACUUCAGCAUCGGGCGCACCAUCCUCCGGGCGAACGGAGCCCGGCGGCGCCGGGAAUGGCGGGCGCUGAGGGUGAUCGCAGCAGUGGUCCUGGCCUUCCUGCUCUGUUGGACUCCGUACAACGUGACGCUCUUGUUGGAGACUGUGCACCGGCUGGGCGCUCUGGGCCGGGACUGCGCCUUCGAGCGGCGGAUGGACUUGGCCGACACAUUGACCGGCUGCCUGGCCAACCUGCACUGCUGUCUGAACCCCUUCCUCUACGCCUUCGUGGGCAUCCGCUUCCGCGGGCAGCUGCGCGACAUGCUGAGCCGAUGGGGUCUGUGGAACCGGGCCGGGACCUGGCGGAGGGACUGGAAUGACCGCAGCCGUAACUCCACCGUGUCCAGCGGCAGCGAGCUUGGCAACACUUCCAAAUCCUGGAUCUGAAAUUUGGAGGGGCCGCAACCCAAACCCAUCCUUCCACCCCACACCCACACACACUCACACACUUCCGCACCCCCCCUACACACUCACACUCCCACACAGCUUCCACACACACUCACACACUUCCGCACACCCCCUACACACUCACACACUUCUGCACACCCCCUACACACUCAGACUCCCACACAGCUUCCACACACACUCACACAAACACCUACUCUCACACAUGCAGUUUCUCUCACACUCUCUCUCUCACUCUCCCCUCUCUCACACUCUCUCUCUCCCUCUCUUUCCCCUCUCUCUCCCCUCUCUCUCUCCCUCUCUCUCCCCUCUCUCUCUCCCUCUCUCUCUCCCUCUCUCUCCCCUCUCUCUCCCCUCUCUCUCUCCCUCUCUCUCCCCCCUGUCUCCCCCCCUCUCU